CUCGGCGCGCUGAGGAGAUGGCGUCGGGGCCCAGCGCUGUGGUGCCCGAAGACUCAGUCCGAAGCCUCAGCCCCGGCAGGCGAGGCGAGAAGGUCUCCCCGCCCGCCCGGGGCUCGGCGGAGCCGGGGCCCCUGAAGGGCACCCGGAGCACCGCGUCCCCGGUGCGGUCGGUGAUGGCCUCCCCUCGGCCCGUGAAGGGGAAAGCGGGCCGGGAGGCGGCCCGGCGGCGGCUCCAGCUCCCACCCGCCUCUGAGGCCGAGGGCCCCGGAGAGGGGGCCGGGGAGGAGGAAGAGGAGCCCCUUCUCUCCGUGCCCGAGGAGGAGGAGGAGGCGCAGCCGCUGCCCCCGCUCUCCGUGUCCCCCAUGAGGGGCAUGUGGCGGGGCGAGAAGGUGGCGCUGUACUGCGACGAGGUGCUGCAGGGCUGUAAGGCAGAAGAUGCUGAUGAGGCUAUGAGUAAAUAUCUAUCAGAAAAAUUAAAAUUGAAAGACAAAUGGCUUGGAGUCUGGAAGACUAAUCCUGAGUUAUUCUUUGUGAAAUAUGAAGAAGCUUCUAUCCCUUUUGUUGGUAUACUCGUUGAGGUAACUUGUAAACCACGCCAAAGCGUAUCAUCUUGUUUCAAAGUUACUGUUUCUGUUGCUGAGCCCUUUUCUUGUAACAUUGCAAAUAUUCCAAGGGAUUUGGUUGAUGAGAUUUUGGAAGAACUCGAGCAUAGUGUGCCUCUCUUGGAAGUGUACCCUGUUGAAGGACAAGAUUCUGAUAUACAUGAUAUUGCUUUGGCCUUGGAAGUUGUAAGGUUUUUUUAUGACUUUCUUUGGAGAGACUGGGAUAAUGAAGAAAGUUGUGAGAAUUAUACUGCUUUGAUUGAAGAGAGAAUUAAUUUGUGGUGUGAUAUACAAGAUGGAACGAUACCUGGUCCUAUUGCACAACGUUUCAAAAAAACUUUGGAGAAAUAUAAAAACAAGCGUGUAGAGCUCAUUGAGUAUCAGAGCAAUAUUAAAGAAGAUCCAUCUGCAGCAGAGGCUGUUGAAUGCUGGAAAAAAUACUAUGAGAUAGUAAUGCUCUGUGGAUUAUUGAAAAUGUGGGAAGAUUUACGCCUCCGAGUUCAUGGACCUUUUUUCCCAAGAAUUCUGAGGCGUAGGAAAGGAAGAAGAGACUUUGGAAAGACUAUAACACAUAUUGUAGCAAAAGUGAUGACUACUGACAUGGUGAAGGACUUAUCUUCAGACACACUUCUCCAACAGCAUGAUGAUUUGGAUUUGGCUUUGGACAGCUGUUAUAGUGGAGACACAGUAGUUAUUUUUCCAGGAGAAUAUCAAGCUAUAAAUCUUGCUCUAUUGACUGAUGACAUCAUUAUAAAGGGAGUUGGAAAGAGAGAGGAAAUUAUGAUUACUUCUGAACCUUCUCAUGACAGUUUUGUGGUGUCCAAAGCUGAUAAUGUGAAAUUAAUGCAUCUAUCUUUGAUACAACAAGGGACAGUUGAUGGUAUUGUGGUGGUGGAGUCUGGUCACCUGACUAUAGAAAACUGUAUAUUAAAAUGUGAAGGAACAGGAGUGUGUGUUCUUACAGGGGCUGCUUUGACAAUUACAGACAGUGAGAUAACUGGUGCCCAGGGUGCUGGUGUUGAGCUGUAUCCUGGGAGCAUAGCCAUUUUGGAAAGGAAUGAAAUUCAUCAUUGUAAUAACCUCAGAACCAGUGACAGUUCAAAAAGCACCUUAGGUGGAGUUAAUAUGAAGGUUCUUCCAGCACCGAAAUUGAAGAUGACUAAUAAUCAUAUUUACAACAACAAUGGCUAUGGAGUAAGCAUUCUCCAACCAACUGAACAGUUUUUUAUUGUAGCAGAAGAAGCCCUCAACAAAGGGGCUGCUUCAGGAGAUAAAAAAGACGAUAAUAUGCUCUCCAAAGUAAUUCAAAAUCUGAAUCUGGAAAUGAAUAAUAAUAAAAUAGAAGCAAACUUAAAGGGGGAUAUCAGAAUAGUCACAAGUUAAAGCAUCUGGAUUUAUGUUGUUUUAUAUUUCAGAUAUUUAAUAAAUCUCAUAUCCCACAGAAAUGGUAGUUUUAAAUUUAAAACAAUUAAAAAUAUUUAAACAUUUUAAUGGUCUUUGAGUGAUUCAUUUAACAUGUUUUUAAAAUAAAAUUUUGAGAUGUGUCACACAUAAAAAUCACCCUUUAACAUAUGUAAUUCAGUGGUAUUUAGUCUAUUUUUAGUACAUAGUACUACCAUCAUCACUAAUUCCAAGAACAAAUAUGGUUUUAAACAUUGUUUUUAAUACUCUUAGUCCAAUAAAGUAGCAUUGGGUGUUCUAUGUAGAGAACAGAAAAAGGUAAGAUAGCAUGAUAUUCUAUAGGAUUAGGUUCGAGCUGCAGGAAACAAGGUACUCCAAAACUGAGAGGUAAACAAUCUAGCAGUGUACUUCUCCCUCACAUUCAGGAAGCCGAGAGGUCCCCUAUAGGGCUAGUAGAGGUUUCACGUUGGUACUUGGCGUAGGGCUGGUAGGUAGGUGUUCCAUGUUAGAAAUUCAAGCUGCUUCUACCUUGUUUUACCAUGGUAUGGUUUCCAUUCAAAACCACCAAACGGUCCAAGAUAGCAGUUGUUGCUCAAGCCAUUAUGUCUAAAUUCCAUCCAAACAGAAGGGACGGAAGCUUUCUACAACGUUGCACACAUUAUUUCAACUUUCAUGCCUCCCUCCAGCUAGAAUCUAAUCACAUGGCUACACCUAACUGCAAACGGAGCCAGGAAAUAGAAUCUUUAAAUUGGAUGGCCAUGUGUCCUUUACUAAAAUAGUUCAAUUCUAAGAUACAGCUAAACAUUUCUUCCACAAAACGGAACUUAUAUUGACUUUAGGAUAUAGAAGGAAAUAAGCACUCAGGCUUAAACUUUUCCUUCCUCAAUUUGACUUUUACUUCCUGUUACCUGUAACCUAGUAAAGGUGACCCCGUGUCACCAUGGAGAAUCUCUUAAAGCUGAGUUGAAUAAGGCUGUUCUUUAGUGUUUCACUGUCUAGUCUUUUUUUUUUUUUUUACACCAGGUCUUGUUAGCUGGAUGACACAAAGGAUGGUUUGAGGGAAUGCCCAUGCAGGCCUUAACAAGAACAAUGUUUCUAGAGUGAAUUCAAUGAGCUAUAAUGGUGGGGAUUUUCCUUUCCAAGCCUCUUCCUCCACCUGUUUUUGGCCUCAGGAAGAGUAGAGAAUGGACAGACAGGAUCUUUUCAGAGUGAGCAGAAAGAGCAAUAGCCUUGUGUGAGCAAACUGCUCACUCGCUGGUUAUGUCUUCUUUCUCUUGCUGCCAUUGGUUUCUAAUUUCUCUUUUCCCAGGCCCACUUCAGAAUAGUUUAUAUGUAGUCUCAUAACCCUAAACCAUGCAUGAAGCCGCUUUUUUUUUUUUUUAAAGUUUUCCUUUUUCUCUCCAAAGCCCCCCAAUACACAGUUGUAUAUUUUAGUUGUGGGUCCUUCUAGUUUUGGCACGUGGGAUGCCACCUCAGCAUG